CCUAAUCUGCGGCAGACAAAGUAGAUCGAUCCUUAUCAGUCGAUCGAUGUUCAGGAGCCGUUGAGAUCACCACAAGUCCUAUCAGUAGAAUUCGAGUGAGCAAUCGAACAACCAAGUGCUCAAUAGCGAUGAAUCGUUUUGUAGUUUGGAUUUUAGGUGCAUUCCUGCUGACAGCGAACGCUGCAACCUUGACGGGUAGCGUAACCGGGUCUUGCCACAAGGAAGACUCGAAAAAGUGCGUUAUCCAAAGCAUAACGGUGACGAGCGAUUCGCAACAAGUGCUGCUGCCAGAUUUGAAAGGGAAACAUACGUUGCAGAUCAAGGGAGGAAACAUCGGAUCGUUCAGCCAGCAAAUAUGCGAUCAAAUGCCGGACAGUGUCAAAAAACUACAGCUCGGGUCCCUCGAUAUCCAGGAGUUUUAUCUGAAACCAAACCUCGAAGAAGUGGAAGCCGAGAGAAACGGAAUUGUUAUUGUGAAUUUUGAUUCCGCGAAGAGUUAUGCCACAGAAAUUUUGAAACUAAGUGGCAACAAGUUAAACAACCUGAACGGUUUCGAAAAGUUGACUCAGCUGCAGGAACUACACCUGUCAUCCAACAAACUGGAUACCGUUAACAUGGCAACGUUUGCUGCAAUGACCCGAUUGGAGCGUUUAUAUUUGGACCAGAAUGAGAUCACUAGCAUCAUAACCACGGAGCCGAUCUCUCUGCCAAAUUUGGAUUUCCUUUCAAUCGCUGAUAACAAAAUCUCUCGCCUAGAUGUAGUCCAUUGGAAGUUUGACUCGUUGACAUCGCUAGAUAUCAGCGGCAAUGAUUUGGUUCGCAUUGAAGGACUUACCGAACAUCUGGUCACCCUACAGAGCAUCACUUUUGCUCGUAACGCGUGGCACUGCAUGUGGCUCAAGGACAUUUUGAGCCACUUCAAUGCGAGCUACGUUCAUAUCACCGACAGCGAUGAAGGCUGUGAGGGUAUCAGUCCUGCCAACAUUUGUUGUUUAGUAGAUCCUGAACUCGGAGGAACCUAUGACGAAAAUUUUCAGCAACUGGAAAAGCUCGAAAAAGAGCAAACCAGCAUGCAGAAACGGUUCGAGGACAAAUUCCGAUCGAUCGUCAGUGAGUUUCAACCUAAGCUCAACUCGCUCGAGAGUCAGCUCAAAGAUCUGAUCGGCAAACAGGCAACGGGCACUCCCGUCUCCGACCAGGACAACCUGUUUCAAAACGAUUUCGGCAAGCUGAAAAAUGGUCUCCAUGGCGCGAAAAACGACCUGACCGAGCAGAUUAAACUCUUCAAAGAUCAAGUCGAAACCAACCGACGCACGGAGCGACAGCUGCGAUUCACCAUUUUGGAACUGAAGCGUUCCCUGGAGCGCGAAACCAAGAAGAUCGCUGAGCUGCAGGCACAGUUCGGUCUCGUUAAGGAUCACGUUGUGAGCAAAUCCGGUAAACGGGGUUCAGCUUAGGCAUCUGAUAAGAUCAACAAUACAAUCAAAAGUUAAAUUGAAUAAAAGGAUAAAAUUUUAGAAACAA